GCGAGGAGGGAGGUGAGAUCAUGGGUAGGACAGCCAGCAGGGUAUAAAGGGAGCGCCACUCCGGACAGAACAUCACACUGACUGAGACGCUGCUGCCACAACACCCACACCAACAAAAACAAUAACAAUAACAACCAUGCGUGUCUUGGCCGUGCUGUGCUCGCUGGUGCUGAUGGCUGCCGCCGUGCUGGCCGGCGGCGGUGGUUACUACGGUUCUGGCGGUGGCGGAGGGCGCUUCGUCGGCGGCGGCGGCGGCGGGCGCUUCGUCGGAGGCGGCGGCGGCAGGCCCUUCGUCGGCGGGGGCGGCGGCAGGCCCUUCGUCGGCGGGGGCGGCGGCAGGCCCUUCGUCGGUGGUGGUGGUGGCAAAUUCGGAAGCGGUGGUUUUGGCGGCCUCAGCGGCGGCGGCGGCUUUGGACUCGGCGGCGGCGGCGGCGGCAGCGGUGGUUACGGCUACAGCGGUUGAUGCAACACUGCGGCCACGGUCACGAUGCUGGCGGCGUGCUGCUGACGGCGACGCUCCUGACGACGACGGUGAAGGUGAAUGUGAAGGCGCCAAUAAAACUGUUUGAAUGUG